UAAUUAAAAGUCCCGCCAUUAUAACUCUUCAAUGUAGAAUCAAUUUUGGAAUGGCUUGUCAAAAUUUUGCAAAAUUCGGAAAAUUUCUGAAGAAAAGUAACGCAGUUCUCAAAACAAGCAGGCGUUAUAUCGGAGACAGUUGGGUAGCCGGCAGUUGCAUUGAUCCUUCCAUUGGACUGAAUGAGGAACAAAAACAGAUUCAACGUGUAGCUACAGACUUUGCCAGAAAUGAACUUCAACCACAUAUGGCAAAAUGGGAUCUAGAGGAGACAUUCCCUGUGGAAGUACUGAGGAAGGCAGGCAGUCUAGGUUUUGGUGCUAUAUACUGUAAGGAAGAGUCUGGAGGUAUAGGUCUCGGAAGGACAGAUGCUUCACUGAUUUUUGAAGCUUUAUCUCAGGGUUGUGUCAGUACAACUGCUUACAUCAGUAUUCACAAUAUGUGUGCAUGGAUGGUGGACGAGUUUGGAAAUGAAGAUCAGAAAAGUGAAUGGAUACCUAAACUAGCAACUAUGGAAGCGUUAGCUUCAUAUUGUCUCACUGAAGCAAAUCAUGGAAGUGAUGCUGCCAAUUUGUCAUUGUCAGCUAGAAAAGAGGGAGAUUAUUAUAUACUCAAUGGUUCUAAGAUGUUUAUCAGUGGAGGUGGAGAAACAGAUGUGUAUCUAGUCAUGAGUAGAACAGGGGACAAAGGUCCAAAAGGGAUUUCCUGUCUUCUCGUAGAGAAAGGGACUCCUGGUCUUGACUUUGGCAAGAAGGAGAAAAAGGUAGGCUGGAAUUCACAACCAACAAGAGCUGUGAUAUUUGAAGAUUGUAAGGUACCUGCUACAAAUGUUAUAGGACAACCUGGGGAUGGUUUCAAGAUUGCAAUGAGAGGGUUAAAUGGAGGAAGAAUUAAUGUUGCAUCAUGUUCGUUAGGAGCAGCCCAGGCAAGUGUAGAGUUAAGCAGGGAUCAUCUCAAAGUUAGAAAACAGUUUGGACAAACCCUGGAAAACUUUCAGUAUUUACAAUUUCUGCUGGCAGAAAUGGCAACAAAGCUUGUAGUGUCACGGAACAUGGUGAGGCAAGCCGCCAGAGCGCUAGAGGAGGACUGGCCAGAGAAAGUCGCCUUGUGCUCUAUGGCAAAAUAUUUUGCUACUGAUGAAUGUUUUAAUAUAUGUAAUCAAGCGAUACAAAUACAUGGAGGGUAUGGGUAUUUGAAAGAUUAUGCAGUACAACAGUAUAUGAGAGACUGCCGGGUUCACCAGAUUCUUGAAGGAACAAAUGAAGUGAUGCGUAUGCUGGUGUCUCGGGAUAUACUCGCUGAUGGAGAGAGAAAAUACUCUUGAUUGACAACAGAUGUGAUAUUUUAUAUUGUGACAAUCUCUCUAAAUGUGUCUGAACAAAACUGAG